UUUCUGAACAUUUUGAACCUCAAAAUUCAAACUCUCCAUCCUCUUGCUCCGCCGCAAUCAUGUUGACGGCUCGUAAGAUCCCCCGAGCAUGUCAAUCAUGCCGCUUGCAGCUCCUGUCGUUGUUCGAGCACGGGUUCGCAAGCCCCGCGACUACGAAUGCUGCACGCUCACGCCACGCCCAUUUCCAACCUCGAGCGCUGCAAUCUCUGCGAAAUCAGUCCCGCGGAUUUUCAACCACUCGGAUUCAGGCGCAAGAACCAGUGAACAAUGCGCAGGGUGCAACGGCGGAAGAGAUUGAAGCGGUGGUAAGACAGGCAAGGCAGACGUUUGGGGAGACCUUACCAAAGGAUUAUCUGUCGACCGAGGAAUAUGUCCUGUACGAACGACUGUAUGGCCCACCGUUGCGAGAGACAAGAGCCGAGGAUUUGGAAUAUAUUCCCGGUGGUGAGGAGGAGGAAGGAGAGACACCUGCCCGGAAUAUUCUGAUCAAGCAGAAUGUUAGUGGCGAGUAUGAAGAGGUGGAGUUUGAUCCUGAGUUGGGGUUUUCGGUAGUUCAGGAUCCCGUGGAUGGUGUGGCUGCAGAGGCUCUACCUAAGCCAGGCGACCUUGGAACUGAUGAGACCGUAGCUGGCAUGACGACAAGCAGGUCGGAGGAGCAGAAGGUGCAAGUCCAGGGAAAGAACCAGAGGGAGAUUGAUGCCAUAACACGGUUACAGCGGGAUAUGGAUGCUGCACUUGCCAGACCCAGCGAGGAAGAUGAUGAAAUCGAUGAGGAAUACGAGGAAGAGGAAGAGCAAGAUGAGGAGGAGGAGUUCGAGGAAGAAGAAGAGGACGACGAGCCGGACGCAUAUCUCAGUUCAAACGAAAGACUCACACAUCCGCAUACCAUUACUUCUCGGUUCGGAACUUCGCCAAGUACGAUAUCACUACCACGAGAGCAGUUCAUAGAACCAAUUACGGAACUGCUCGCCAGGACGAAUUGGAAGCAUCUCACAGCGGCUGCUGAAAAGGCAUUCGGUGGUAAAGGUCUUCCUUACUCGGCCUCAACACCAGCUUCCAAGAAGCUCCUCCCGCAAAGACAUAUUGGGCUAGAUGCUUCGCAGCACAGUAUGUCCGAAAUUGAAGCGGAUUCCUACCUUACUGCUGUGAUGCCUGGAACAUAUGCGUCUGUUAUGAGCACGCUUGUCGAAGUGCGAAAGCGACUUGGAAGUGAGUGGAUCCGUGAUUUGAUCUUUAGAGAAGGUGGAGAGGGUCCAAGAGUACUGGACGCUGGCGCUGGGGGAGCGGGCAUUCUUGCCUGGCGUGAGGUAUUGCAAGCUGAAUGGGACGUCCUAAAGGAAGAAGGAAUUGUUGAGGGAGAGGAUGCACCAUUUGGCAAGACUACGGUUUUGACGGGUUCUGCCACGCUGCGACAGCGCGUGUCACGAUUUCUGGAGAACACCACCUUUCUCCCACGUCUCCCGGACUAUAUACAUGCUGCCAAUUCGGAGGAACUUCUGCAUGGUGCCCCCGCUCAAGGUCGCAAGUCCUACGAUAUCAUCAUCGCGCCGCACACCCUCUUUCCCCUAAAGGAAGACUUCCGACGCAAGAACAUGGUCCAAAAUCUGUGGUCCCUUCUUGAUCCUAAUGGUGGCGUGCUGAUCCUUAUUGAGAAGGGUUUACCUCGGGGCUUUGAAGCUAUAGCUGGAGCACGAUCCCUUCUCCUGGAUAACCACAUUUCUUCGCCUGGCGACAGUGCCUUCGAAAAUGAGCUUCAGUCGCCAUCAUCGGAGGUGGCGCGCUUCACUAACAAGGAGGACGGCAUGAUCAUUGCGCCCUGCACUAACCACACAAGUUGCCCGAUGUAUCCUGUACCGGGUCUUAGUAGUGGUAGGAAGGAUUUCUGCCAUUUCAGUCAGCGAUACAUUCGUCCGCCUUUCCUACAAAAGGUACUCGGGGCCUCAAUUCGAAACCAUGAAGAUGUCAAAUACAGCUAUCUAGCCGUGCGGCGAGGAGUCGAUUCCAGGAAGGGCGCUCAGCCAUUAAAGCAGGGCGACGCAGCUACAGACCAGGCUUUUGCCGGCUACGAAGAUAUUGAUCUGCCGGGGCAGGAAGGAGAGGAGGGCGGCGAGAGCGAUGUUAGAUUUAAUCCUCUAUCCCUGCCCCGCGCCAUACUUCCGCCAUUGAAACGCCGUGGACACGUGACUCUUGAUCUCUGCACGCCAUCCGGCAAACUCGAGCGAUGGACUGUGCCCAAGAGUUUCAGCAAGACGGCAUACCGCGAUGCACGCAAGUCAAAAUGGGGCGAUCUCUGGUCGCUGGGCGCGAAGACAAGGGUGCCAAGAAAUCCACGUUUAGGAAGAUUGGCCGAGGACGGAGAGGGAAGGGGAAAGACGAAGUUAAAGGGUGUCAGGGAUGGAAGGAUGGGCAAGGGUGGAAAGAAGAUUCGGAAGAACAAAUUCGAUAUUAUCAUGGGACCGGAUGGCAUGGAGGGUAUUGAAUUGGACAGAACCCAGGCCAGACAACUGGGGCCACAGAAGAGGACCAAGGGCGGUCGAAUAUACAAGCCGCAGAAGCCUAUUAGCGACGACGACCUUUGAUGAAAGGAAUAGCCUGCAUCGAAGGGCUCGGUUUACAAAUUUCACUGGGUUUUAUGGCUUAAGUACACAUUGUAAUAAGAAUCUCAGCUCAGCGAAUAGCUUAGAUUGAUUGUAUGAUAGGAUCGCCGAAAAAGAGAAACAAUUGGAAGGAUAAUAAAAUUGUACUUUAUAGAAUCUACGAUGAGACUAGCAUAGUCAGAAGAAUUACCUGCUCAGC